AUGUUGUCAAGUAGAGAGAAGGACAGACACCAGUACGGCGAGGACGGGAACAGUGCUCAGCGCGGUCGAGAGAUGUCGCCAGAUGUCAGCACCAGCCGCAAGCACCAGCACCUCAGAUCAGCGGCACACUAUCAGCUAUGCGACCAGUUCCAGCACCGAAGCGGGCGGUUUGAUAGUGUAGAUGAAGCGCCGCACCACGCAAAACACCACCACCGCCACCGUGGCGGUCCCAUCUCAAAGCCGCAGCACGGUAGCAGCGUCCCUCCCCGCAAGCAGCACAACGCCUCAGACGAGACGCACGGCAAGCCUGCGACGAAGCAGAAGAAGGGAGCCAUCAGAAAGGUGCUGGACUGGUUGUAA